GCUCGCCUAUCAAGAUCACUCACCGUAAGGAGUUUGGGAAAUUGCGUCAGGGGUUUAUGGCGGCGGGGUUGUUUAGCUGCUUGGUGGACAUCGCCCACUAUUCUCCUUCUGGUAAGAAACUCGAGAUCGACGCCGUGCGUGCCCGAAAGGCGGCGGUUAGGGAGCAAAAAAGACGUGAUCAAGAAUCGGCACCGCCACAGGUGGGGAGUUCCGUGUCCGCCACACCUCAUGGGGCCUCGACUGGCAGCGGCCAUUCUGGUUCACUCCCAGCUCCUAUGGUUGGUCCUUCCCCCCCUCCAAAGAGGCAGAGAGGUGCCGUUUCAGCGGCAGAAGGCGAUGCUCGUGACGCGGGCAUGAGCAAGGCAGGAGGUUCGUCGUCUUACUGGAGCCGCACCCAAGGCGUCGUGCGUGAUGAGGAUUUAAGUCAGGUGGCGGAUCUCUCAGAGGAGCAGAUGGAUGAGUUGCUAGCUGAGAACAUGGCUCGGGCUUUGGUUGUGUCAACGGCCGCUGCGCAUCGACGAGCCACCCAGCUGGCGGAGAUACGACGUUUGGAGGCUGUUUUGGAGCAGCGAGAGGGCGAUUUUUCCAGACUUAAGGAGGAGAGGGAUGAGGCGUUGGGGCAUGUGGCCUCUUGGGAGCGUCGCUUUGAGCGGGAGGUUUCCGGCGGGAAGAAAUUUUUGGCCUCAGCCUCCGGUGUUGCUUUUGUUUCUAAGACUCAAGAGGAGGCGGUCUCAAAGUUCCAGGAAUCGGAGGAGUUUGAGACGAUCCUGACUGAUAGGGCCGCUCCGAUCUAUGAUGAUGCCGUUCGGAGGUGCUGCCGGGUCCUUCGUCAGACCCUUCGCGAGAAGGGCCGAAUUGUUGAGGACGACAUUAAACUACUUGAUCCCGACGUGUCCGAGGGUGAAGAGGAGGUGAUAGAAGUUGCCGAUGGUUGAGCCCCCCAAGUUCUAGAGCUUCAUAGUUUCGUAGUUUUCCUAGUGAUAUGUAAUCGGAUUCUUCUGUUUUGUAUGACUUUAACUUCUUGCAUGUAAGCGACAUAUGGCAUUCGAGUUGGCCGCUUUCGCCUCGCAUGAGGCAUUUUCGUCCG